GCCCAUGCUGUCACAAACGCUUUAAAGGCACAUGUAUGAAGUUGAGUCCUCUAUCUAUCUCUAUGGUUGGGCCAUGAACGUUGCUAUCAACGCGGCUGCAAAUUGAAGAUGGCGGACUUGUUGGGGACUGUGCCGUCAGAUGAAAAAGAAACCGAAAAUAAGGACAAGAAGAAGGAGAAACGGCCAUGGGAUGAUAUACCAAGGUCGAGGGAAAUCGGUAAAACUCCAGAUCUGGCGGAAACYUUGGGCUUUUACGAUAUAAAUGCUGUCAGACGGGAGCAACGUGAACGUGAUAACUCAGAUCCGUCGCUGGCUCGCUUCAUGUGUGCUGAGCUGACCCGUGGCUACUUCCUGGAGCACAACGAAGCGAAAUACACCGAGCGCAGAGAGCGAGUGUACACAUGCAUGCGCAUUCCCAGAGAACUGGAAAAGCUGAUGAUCUUUGGCUUCUUCCUGUGUCUGGAUGCCUUCCUCUACGUGUUCACGCUGCUUCCCCUCCGGGUGCUGCUGGCCCUGCUACACCUCCUCACCCUGCCCUGCUGCAGCCUCGGUGGCUCUCGCCUGCUGCAGCCGGCCCAGGUGUGUGACAUCUUGAAGGGACUGAUAAUGGUGCUGUGCUACUCCAUGAUGCACUACGUGGACUACAGCAUGAUGUACCACCUGAUCCGGGGACAGUCCGUCAUCAAACUCUACAUCAUCUACAACAUGCUGGAGGUAGCCGACAGGCUGUUCUCGUCGUUUGGCCAAGACAUCCUUGACGCUCUCUACUGGACGGCCACAGAGCCCAAAGAGAGGAAGAGAGACAGRAUUGGGGUCAUCCCCCAUUUCAUCAUGGCUGUAUUCUACGUCUUCCUGCAUGCCAUCCUCAUCAUGGUCCAGGCGUCAACGCUCAACGUGGCUUUCAACUCCCACAAUAAGUCCCUGCUCACCAUCAUGAUGUCCAACAACUUUGUGGAGAUCAAAGGAAGUGUGUUCAAGAAGUUUGAGAAGAACAACCUCUUUCAGAUGUCCAACAGUGAUAUCAAGGAACGGUUCACCAGCUACGUGCUCCUUCUCAUCGUUUGCCUCAGGAACAUGGAGCAGUUCUCAUGGAGCCCAGAUCAUCUCUGGGUGUUGUUACCUGAUGUCAUCAUGGUGAUCGCCUCAGAGAUCGCAGUGGACGUCAUCAAACACGCCUUCAUCACCAAGUUCAACGAGAUCACGGCAGAUGUAUACAGUGAAUACAGAGCCAGCCUGGCCUUCGAUCUCAUCAGCUGUCGGCAGAAAAACGCCUGCACAGACUACAGCGAUUCCGUAGCCAGAAGAAUGGGCUUCAUUCCUCUUCCUCUUGCAGUCCUGCUAAUCCGAGUGGUGAUGAGUUCAGUGAAUGUACAGGGAGCCCUUUCCUGCUCCUGUGUGUUCCUCUUUUACAUGGGAAUGGUGACCCUGAAAGUGCUUAACAGUAUUGUGCUGCUGGGGAAGUCGUGUGUGUACGUGAAGAGAGCCAACAUGGAGGACAAGCUGUUUGAGAAGCCCCCCACAGCCGCCCCCGGGAAGACGCCCAGUCGAACCAGCAAGACAUCCAGGUGUACUGCCCCCUCAGGUGAUCUGUCAGGGGAUCCGUGGUCUGAGCGGUCCCCAUCCACUCCUUCCUGCACCUCCACCCCCCCCUCCUCUGUCACCACCCAGCCUACCCCCACCGUCAUCCCCACACCACAGGCAGAGACUAUGGCCCCUCCCGCCACUUCCCCAACCAGACCCUCCACCAGCCCAGAACCGGACCCUGACCCCCUCACCCCCUCUCCCCCUGCCACUCCCGAGGGGGAUGGGACGGAAGGCACAGAGCUCAAGCACAGGACCCCUAAAAACGACCUGCUGGAUGUAGACCGCUUCACGAUAUGCGGGAACCGCAUUGAUUGACCCCUCUGAGCCCUUCCAUUGACCUUUGACCCCCCCCAAAAAAGAAGUGAUAACCACUCAGGAGAGGCGGUGAGCAAGACGCUCCUCUGCACUUCUGCUCUCUUAGCAAAAUCCAGCGGAAGCAGGGUAUAUUUAUUAAGUUAGACAUACAGUAAGUUAUUGUGGACUCUGGGACAGGCUGCUUAAUUUAAGUGUACUUGUUGUUUUUCGCCUGCGGGGUAUGGGGCUCGACAAAGAGAACUACAGUUGGUUGAGCAACGGAAGACUGCCAGAGGAAUUGUUGUUUUCAUAGCAACCUAGUUGUCUGUACCAAUGAUGUAUAUAAACCCUGGAUUGCUGAUGCUAUGUAUUGGCCUUUGAGAAGCUUUGAAGCCACCGGUCGGCC